UCCGCGUGAAAGCUCACUGACCCGGAUGUUGAAGUGUAUCGAAAGGAAAGCGGAGGAUACUGAGUCACAAUGAAUACGCGGGGUCUCCGUUCUCAGCUGAAAGACAGCGUGCCAGUGGCUGGCUUCUGUCCGCAAGGAUCCUACGGAGUGCAGGACUCUCUACGAAGCGGUUUCACGAGUGUAAAGAAUGAGUUGAUUCCCAGCCACCCGCUGGAGCUGUCAGAGAAGAAUUUCCAGCAGAACCAGGACAAGAUGAACCUGUCGUCACUCAGAAACAUCCAGGGUCUGCACGCUCCGCUCAAGCUGCAGAUGGAGUACAGAGCAGCCCGACAGAUUCAGCGUCUGCCAUUCUUACCGAGCUCUCACUUGGCUCUGGACACUCUGAGAGGAAGUGACGAGUCCAUCGGCUUUGAGGACAUCCUGAACGAUCCAGGCCAGAGUGAGAUCAUGGGCGAGCCGCACAUGAUGGUGGAAUACAAACUGGGAAUGCUUUAAAAGAACAACCCUCCACACAGAUUAGGUUUAUGUUUAUCCACUCAAUAAGUCCUUCGCUUCAGAGAGUUUCAGGUUCUAAUCCGCUGCCGCAGGAGACCGGUUUGAUGUGUGUUUUGUUGAAAUCAGUCAUUCAAAGGCUGCUUUUCUAUGAUUUCUAAUAAACUUCAUAACGUUCCUCCUGA